CGGCCCCAGCUGGGCCGAGCGCGCUGCCGGAGCGGAGCCGCGGUAGGUGAGGGGCCCGCAUUCCCCGCCCGCCGUGGGCGCCUCGCCUGGCACGGAUCCCGCCCGUCGCCCACUGUCGCCGCCGCCGCCGCCCGCGGGCACCAUGACCGCUCUGAGCGCUGGGGUUACAGAUGACAUAUUGAUAAUAAAAGUGCAUGGAAUUCAUAUGUCCCUUUCUCCACUGCUCAGCAAAAGAGACUGUGGUUUUGUGCUUGCUCACCAAAGCUAACCUCAGCAUGCUCAAAAGGAAGCAGAGCUCCAGGGUGGAAACCCAGCCAGUCACUGACUUCGGUCCUGAUGAAUCUCUGUCAGACAAUGCUGACAUCCUCUGGAUUAACAAACCAUGGGUUCACUCUUUGCUGCGCAUCUGUGCUAUCAUCAGCGUCAUUUCUGUUUGCAUGAACACGCCAGUGACCUUCGAGCACUAUCCUCCACUUCAGUAUGUGACCUUCACUUUGGAUACGUUAUUGAUGUUUCUCUACACGGCAGAGAUGAUAGCAAAAAUGCACAUCCGGGGCAUUGUCAAGGGGGACAGUUCCUAUGUGAAAGAUCGCUGGUGUGUUUUUGAUGGAUUCAUGGUCUUUUGCCUUUGGGUUUCUUUGGUGCUACAGGUGUUUGAAAUUGCUGACAUAGUUGAUCAGAUGUCACCUUGGGGCAUGUUGCGGAUUCCUCGGCCACUAAUUAUGAUCCGGGCUUUCCGGAUUUAUUUCCGAUUUGAACUGCCAAGGACCAGAAUUACAAAUAUUUUAAAGCGAUCGGGAGAACAGAUAUGGAGUGUUUCCAUUUUCCUGCUUUUCUUUCUACUUCUUUAUGGAAUUUUAGGAGUUCAAAUGUUUGGAACAUUUACUUAUCACUGUGUAGUAAAUGACACAAAACCAGGGAAUGUAACCUGGAAUAGUUUAGCUAUUCCAGACACACACUGCUCACCAGAGCUAGAAGAAGGCUACCAGUGCCCACCUGGAUUUAAAUGCAUGGACCUUGAAGAUCUGGGACUUAGCAGGCAAGAGCUGGGCUACAGUGGCUUUAACGAGAUAGGAACCAGUAUAUUCACCGUCUAUGAGGCUGCCUCGCAGGAAGGCUGGGUGUUCCUCAUGUACAGAGCAAUCGACAGCUUUCCCCGCUGGCGUUCCUACUUCUAUUUCAUAACUCUCAUUUUCUUCCUCGCCUGGCUCGUGAAGAAUGUGUUUAUUGCUGUUAUCAUUGAAACAUUUGCAGAAAUCAGAGUACAGUUUCAACAAAUGUGGGGAUCGAGAAGCAGCACUACCUCAACAGCCACCACCCAGAUGUUUCAUGAAGAUGCUGCUGGAGGUUGGCAGCUGGUAGCUGUGGAUGUCAACAAGCCCCAGGGACGCGCCCCAGCCUGCCUCCAGAAAAUGAUGCGGUCAUCCGUCUUCCACAUGUUCAUCCUGAGCAUGGUGACUGUGGACGUGAUCGUGGCAGCUAGCAACUACUACAAAGGAGAAAACUUCAGAAGGCAGUACGACGAAUUCUACCUGGCGGAGGUGGCUUUUACAGUACUUUUUGAUUUGGAAGCACUUCUGAAGAUAUGGUGUUUGGGAUUUACUGGAUAUAUUAGCUCAUCUCUCCAUAAAUUCGAACUACUACUUGUAAUUGGAACUACUCUUCACGUAUAUCCAGAUCUUUACCAUUCACAAUUCACAUACUUUCAGGUUCUCCGAGUAGUUCGGCUGAUUAAGAUUUCACCUGCAUUAGAAGACUUUGUGUACAAGAUAUUCGGACCUGGAAAAAAGCUUGGGAGUUUGGUCGUAUUUACUGCCAGCCUCUUGAUUGUUAUGUCAGCAAUUAGUUUGCAGAUGUUCUGCUUUGUCGAAGAACUGGACAGAUUUACAACGUUUCCAAGGGCAUUUAUGUCCAUGUUCCAGAUCCUCACCCAGGAAGGAUGGGUGGACGUAAUGGACCAAACUCUAAAUGCUGUGGGACAUAUGUGGGCACCUGUGGUUGCCAUCUAUUUCAUUCUCUAUCAUCUCUUUGCCACUCUGAUCCUCCUGAGUUUGUUUGUUGCUGUUAUUUUGGACAACUUAGAACUUGAUGAAGACCUAAAGAAGCUUAAACAAUUAAAGCAAAGUGAAGCAAAUGCAGACACCAAAGAAAAGCUCCCUUUGCGCCUGCGAAUUUUUGAAAAAUUUCCAAACAGACCACAAAUGGUGAAAAUCUCAAAGCUUCCUUCAGAUUUCACAGUUCCUAAAAUCAGGGAGAGUUUUAUGAAGCAGUUUAUUGACCGCCAGCAACAGGACACGUGUUGCCUCCUGAGAAGCCUCCCUUCCACCUCCUCCUCAUCCUGCGACCACUCAAAACGCUCGGCAAUUGAGGACAACAAAUACAUUGACCAAAAACUUCGGAAGUCUGUUUUCAGCAUCAGAGCAAGGAACCUUCUGGAAAAGGAGACUGCAGUCACUAAAAUCUUAAGCAAGAGGCCAUUACCGAGGAGCUCACCCAUUAGCAUCCGCUGUUGUCUCUACUUGGGAAGAUCACAUUGUCACUCUAGUGGAGUCAGAGCAUGCACCCGACAGCGCAUGCUGAGCGGAUCAUUCGAGGGGCAGCCGGCAAAGGAGAGGUCAAUCCUCAGCGUGCAGCAUCACAUCCGCCAAGAGCGCAGGUCACUAAGACAUGGAUCAAAUAGCCAAAGGAUCAGCAGGGGGAAAUCUCUUGAAACUUUGACUCAAGAUCAUUCCAAUACAGUGAGAUACAGAAAUGCACAAAGAGAAGACAGUGAAAUAAAGAUGAUCCAGGAAAAAAAGGAGCAGGCCGAGAUGAAAAGGAAAGUGCAAGAAGAGGAACUCAGAGAGAACCACCCAUACUUUGAUAAGCCCCUGUUCAUAGUGGGGCGAGAACACAGGUUCAGAAACUUUUGCCGGGUGGUGGUCCGAGCACGCUUCAACGCAUCUAAAACAGACCCUGUCACAGGAGCUGUGAAAAAUACAAAGUACCAUCAACUUUAUGAUUUGCUGGGAUUGGUCACUUACCUGGAUUGGGUCAUGAUCAUCGUAACCAUCUGCUCUUGCAUUUCCAUGAUGUUUGAGUCCCCCUUCCGAAGAGUCAUGCAUGCGCCUACUUUGCAGAUUGCUGAGUAUGUGUUUGUGAUAUUCAUGAGCAUUGAGCUUAAUCUGAAGAUUAUGGCAGAUGGCUUAUUUUUCACUCCAACUGCUGUCAUCAGGGACUUUGGCGGAGUAAUGGACAUAUUUAUAUAUCUUGUGAGCCUGAUAUUUCUUUGUUGGAUGCCUCAAAAUGUACCUGCUGAAUCGGGAGCUCAGCUCCUCAUGGUUCUUCGGUGCCUGAGACCUCUGCGCAUAUUCAAACUGGUGCCCCAGAUGAGGAAAGUUGUUCGAGAACUUUUCAGCGGCUUUAAGGAAAUUUUUUUGGUCUCCAUUCUUUUGCUGACAUUAAUGCUUGUUUUUGCAAGCUUUGGAGUUCAGCUUUUUGCUGGAAAACUGGCAAAGUGCAAUGAUCCCAACAUUAUUAGAAGGGAAGAUUGCAAUGGCAUAUUCAGAAUUAACGUAAGUGUGUCAAAGAACUUAAAUUUAAAAUUGAGGCCUGGAGAGAAAAAGCCUGGAUUUUGGGUGCCCCGUGUUUGGGCGAAUCCUCGGAACUUUAAUUUCGACAAUGUGGGAAAUGCUAUGCUGGCAUUGUUUGAAGUUCUCUCCUUGAAAGGCUGGGUGGAAGUGAGAGAUGUUAUUAUUCAUCGUGUGGGGCCGAUUCAUGGAAUCUAUAUUCAUGUUUUUGUAUUCCUGGGUUGCAUGAUUGGACUGACCCUUUUUGUUGGAGUCGUUAUUGCUAAUUUCAAUGAAAACAAGGGGACAGCUUUGCUGACCGUUGAUCAGAGAAGAUGGGAAGACCUGAAGAGCCGACUGAAGAUCGCACAGCCUCUUCAUCUCCCGCCUCGCCCGGAUAAUGAUGGUUUUAGAGCUAAGAUGUAUGACAUAACCCAGCAUCCGUUUUUUAAGAGGACAAUUGCAUUACUGGUCCUGGCCCAGUCGGUGUUGCUGUCUGUCAAGUGGGACGUGGAGGACCCGGUGACCGUACCUUUGGCAACAAUGUCGGUUGUUUUCACCUUCAUCUUUGUUCUGGAGGUUACCAUGAAGAUCAUAGCAAUGUCGCCUGCUGGCUUCUGGCAAAGCAGAAGAAACCGGUACGAUCUCCUGGUGACGUCUCUUGGCGUCGUAUGGGUGGUGCUUCACUUUGCCCUCCUGAACGCAUAUACCUACAUGAUGGGGGCUUGCGUGAUUGUAUUUAGGUUUUUCUCUAUCUGUGGAAAGCACGUGACGCUGAAGAUGCUCCUCCUAACAGUGGUGGUCAGCAUGUACAAGAGCUUCUUUAUCAUAGUAGGCAUGUUCCUCUUGCUGCUGUGUUACGCUUUUGCUGGAGUUGUUUUAUUUGGUACUGUGAAAUAUGGGGAGAACAUUAACAGGCAUGCAAAUUUUUCUUCAGCUGGCAAAGCUAUUACCGUACUGUUCCGAAUUGUCACAGGUGAAGACUGGAACAAGAUUAUGCAUGACUGUAUGGUUCAGCCUCCUUUUUGUACUCCAGAUGAAUUCACAUACUGGGCAACAGACUGUGGAAAUUAUGCUGGGGCACUUAUGUAUUUCUGUUCAUUUUAUGUCAUCAUUGCCUACAUCAUGCUAAACCUGCUUGUAGCCAUAAUUGUGGAGAAUUUCUCCUUGUUUUAUUCCACUGAGGAAGACCAGCUUUUAAGUUACAAUGAUCUUCGCCACUUUCAAAUCAUAUGGAACAUGGUGGAUGACAAGAGAGAGGGUGUGAUCCCCACGUUCCGCGUCAAGUUCCUGCUGCGGCUGCUGCGUGGGAGGCUGGAGGUGGACCUGGACAAGGACAAGCUCCUCUUCAAGCACAUGUGCUACGAAAUGGAGAGGCUGCACAAUGGCGGGGACGUCACCUUCCACGAUGUCCUGAGCAUGCUUUCUUACCGGUCCGUGGACAUCCGGAAGAGCUUGCAGCUGGAGGAGCUCCUGGCAAGGGAGCAGCUGGAGUACACCAUCGAGGAGGAGGUGGCCAAGCAGACCAUCCGCAUGUGGCUCAAGAAGUGCCUCAAGCGCAUCAGAGCUAAACAGCAGCAGUCGUGCAGUAUCAUCCACAGCCUGAGAGAGAGUCAGCAGCAAGAGCUGAGCCGGUUUCUGAACCCACCCAGCAUCGAGACCACCCAGCCCAGUGAGGACGCAAACGCCAAUAGUCAGGACAACAGCAUGCAACCCGAGACAAGCAGCCAGCAGCAGCUCCUGAGCCCCACGCUGUCCGAUCGAGGAGGAAGCCGGCAAGACGCGGCCGAUGCAGGGAAACCCCAGAGGAAGUUUGGGCAGUGGCGUCUGCCCUCAGGAAUGAUUACAGUAGAGUGGAGCAGUACCAAGUGGCUCAUAAGAUUCACUAAUUCCACAGCGCCAAAACCAAUAAGCCAUUCGGUGUCCUCGGUCAACUUACGGUUUGGAGGGAGGACCACCAUGAAAUCUGUAGUGUGCAAAAUGAACCCCAUGACUGACACGGCUUCCUGCGGUUCUGAAGUUAAGAAGUGGUGGACCCGGCAGCUGACCGUGGAGAGCGACGAAAGUGGGGAUGACCUCCUGGAUAUUUAGGGGCACAUCAGUGUGGAUGAAUUUCCAGUGGUGAAAACUGUUUUCUAAUAAUUUCCUUGAUUGUCCAGUGAGCAAUCUGUAAUUGAUCUAUCAUGUCAUUUCAACUUGUCAGAAGAUUUUUAUAAACUGAUUUUCGUCCUGCCAAAGAAAGGCAUAAGCUGCAUUAUGAUGGGUUACUAUCUUUGUCUAAAAAGUUUGUAUGAUGACUGCACUGAUAAUAUUAGAAACUAUACCACAAGCACAUGUAUAUCACUCAAAAAUGUCACAUAUUCUGUGUAAACUAAGGUAUAUAUUCAUAUGUGCUCUAAUGCAGUAUUAUCACCAUGCCUCAAGAGUUCUAAGCCCAAAGUGGCUGAUAUUUAUGGUACAGAGGUUACAGCUUUAGUUCACAUCUUUCCCAUUUCUGCUAGAAAUAUUUCUCUUGGAAAAAUUAUUUAUGAUUGAUCUCAAAAGGUCAGCAAUGAACUUAUGCUAAAAUGAUAGCAGUUUUACAAACUACAGAUUCUGAAUUUUUAAAAUAUCUUCUUUUUCUCACGUUACGUUUUAAAAUAUACACAAGAUAUUUGGUGACCAGAACAAGUUGAUUUCUGUCCUCAGUUAUACUAAUGACACUGUUGCCUCCUUCCAAGACAAUCGUGCAUGCGAGCACCAGGCAAAGAAACGGGCUCAGAACGCUUACUGGUUUAAAACAAACAAACCUGUAGAUAAAUAACGUGAGUGACAAGAGUUGCGCAAAGAUGUUAAGUUUCUGGAGAAGCCUCUUAAUAACUGAGUUUAGCAAAAAGAAUCAAACUAUAUAUCUCAAUUUAUUUACAAAAACAUUGUAUGUGUGAUGUUAUCGUUGGCUUCAUUUCUUACCCAAGGUGUGUCUGUUUUGCCAUAAAUCAACAGUCAUUUCAUUACGGGUUGAUCUGAACAUACUGGAUUUGAAAUGACACCUCUGUUACCAGAAUCUCCUAUGGAAAAAACAUGGUGAUUUAUUUGCAAAAUCUUACUCAGAACUCACAGGUUAGGGAUCACAUGACUUAAUCGUUUUUUGGGUUUUUUUCUUUAUAUGUCAAUGGCCCAUGUCCUCUGCGAAAACUCAAAAAGCAAAACAAUGGCAAAGUGCUGUUAGAUUUCCUGUGCUGGAUCAGCCAAGUAGAAAUGGACUUGGACCUUUUAACUAUUUUAUUACAGAUUGGACAUUUGCUGUUUAGAUGUUUUUCAACAGAGGGAUUAUCUCAGAAUCCUCUGACCUCUAGGUUGCUUUAUGAUCUAUUUUUCUCUAUUUAACAUUCCUCAGAUAGGCAAAUGGCACCUUCCUGCUGUGUCACAGAUGUAUCAUUGUGGUGGAAGUCUAUGGUGUAUGUGAUUCACUGUAACUAUGAGAUAAAGUACAACCAGUCCAUGCAGCCAAAAGGAUUGGAUUUGAUUUUAUGUUCACUUGCAGUUUACUUUUUGUACAUAAAAAUAAUAAAAUAAAUAUUGGAUUUGCAAAAUAAUUUA